AUGCCAGCAGGUAGCACUACGACAAGUUCCGUCGGCAUGUUGGCACCCUUCAUGAACGAGUUGGACAAGAUCGCCCCGUCGUUCCAGAUCAAUGGAUCACAGAUCCAGGUCCUACGGACACCGUCAGAUUUCUACGAGACUUUGACAGAAAAAAUUCGAAAUGCCAAGCAACGAAUAUUUCUCUCGACCUUGUACAUUGGAAAAUCCGAGAAGGAAUUAAUCGUGACGCUACAAGAAGCCCUUCGAGCGAAUCCAGCCCUGAAUCUGAGCAUAUUGACUGAUGCACUGCGCGGAACUCGAGAAGCCCCCGACCCAUCAUGCGCCUCCCUACUCGCGCCUCUCAUUACAGAGUUUGGCCCCGAUCGUGUCGAGAUUCGCAUGUACCAUACACCCAACUUGACCGGUUUGCGCAAGAAGCACAUACCGAAGAGAAUCAAUGAAGGCUGGGGACUGCAACACAUGAAGUUGUAUGGAAUUGAUGAUGAUAUUAUACUGUCUGGCGCGAAUCUCUCAAGCGACUAUUUCACGAAUCGACAAGACCGGUACCAUCUGUUCUCCUCCAAGGACAUUACAGACUACUUCUCGAACCUACACCAGGGAGUGGCGUCUCUGAGCUUUCGUGUUGAGCCCUCAGAUGAGGCCCAGGGAUUUGUGCUGACAUGGCCUUCGAGGAAUGCGGCCCUAUCUCCUCUGGACGAGCCGAAGCAGUUUGUGUCCAAUGCGACAGCUGUUGUAAAUAGCCUCAUAUCGCCGGGGCGGGCUGUUCGAGCUCCUGGAUCAGGACCCUCGAAGUCCUCACAGGACACGACCGUGUACAUGCUCACCCAAUUGACACAGUUGAUGAAGCCGGAUACGUCAACAGAAUUGCCCGCAAUCACGCACGUGUUGGAGACAUUGGCAGCGCCUCAAUACGCCGGUUCAUCAUGGACCUUUACCGCCGGCUACUUCAACCCAGCUCCGUCUCUCACCCAACACCUUAUAUCUACUGCAUCCUCAAAUUGCACCGUCAUCACAGCAUCACCCUACGCGAACGGGUUCUACGGGUCCAAAGGUGUGUCGGGUCUUCUACCUGGCGCUUACACGCUUCUUGCGCGGCGGUUCCUGGAUGCGCUUCACAAACAGAAACGAGAUUCUGCCAUUGCCCUCAAAGAGUGGAGAAAAGGCACGGUCGGAGAUCCAGAAGCUUGGACAUACCACGCGAAGGGAUUGUGGGUGACCCUCCCAAAUGAGCAGUACCCCUCCAUCAGCGUGGUUGGAAGUUCAAAUUACACAAAGCGGAGCUACUCGCUUGAUCUCGAAGCAGGGGCAUUAAUCGUCACGAACGACGACAAUUUGAAGAAACGGCUUGGAGACGAGCAGACGUGGCUGCAGGAGUAUGCCAAACAGGUCACCAUAGACGACUUUGCAAGGAUCGAAAGAAGGGUAGGAAUCAAGGUGCGAGUCGCCAUGUGGAUUGUCCAACUUGUGGGUGGCGCAUUAUAG